AUGCUAUACCUGAUCCCCCUUUCCAUUCUCGUCUACGUCCUCUACAGGGCAUCUGUGACAUUCUCAGAUCUCUAUCUCCACCCCCUCCGCCAUAUCCCCGGCCCCAAACUAUGGAUCGCCUUCCCCAUCCUCCGCCACAUUUCCCACAUCACAGGGAACCUCGAAAUCGACACACGAGCCUUCCACACUAAAUACGGAGAGGCCGUCCGCAUCGGCCCAGACGAAGUAUCAUUCAUCACCGCCCAGGCCUGGAAAGACAUAUACGGUCACGGGCAACCCCAGAUGCGCAAAGUUAGGUCCUCAGCCAGUAACCCCCUGGACAUAAUCAGCGCCAACGGGCCCGAUCACACACGGCACCGCCGAUCCCUGGCGCACGCGUUCUCCGCCAGAGGCCUGCAGGCCCAGGAGCCUAUCCUCAUCGAAUACGUAGACAAGCUCAUCGCCCGUCUCCACGGGAUCGCCGAGUCUCAGCUCCCCGCGAACAUGGUCAAGUGGUAUAAUCUCACCACGUUCGACUUGAUUGGAGACCUGGCGUACGGUGAGUCCUUCGGGGGUCUCGAGUCUUCGGAGUAUCAUCAUUGGGUGGCGGCGAUCUUUGACUCGGUGCGUGUGCUGGCCGUGAUCGCGCUGAAAGAUGCGUAUCCGUUGAUUUCUAAAUUGUUCACGCUAUUCGUGCCGGGUCGAUUGGCCGAGGCGAGAAAGAAGCAUCUCGAUCACAGCAGAGAAUUGGUGGAGAAGAGACUGAAAAGCAACACGGAUCGAGGCCAUGCCGAUUUCAUGCAAUCGAUGCUGCGGCAUCGGGGUGAAAAAGAAGGUCUCACGGAUCAGGAGCUCGAGGCGAAUGCCAAUAUUCUGAUCAUAGCGGGCAGUGAGACCACUGCGACGCUGCUUUCUGGCGUGACGUUUUGGUUACUGCGGACUCCGAAGGCUAUGGAGAAGGUGGUCCACGAGGUCCGGUCACUCAUGAAGACCGAAAAGGAUAUCACGUUUAAUAAUGUCACGGCCAACUUGCCCUACAUGCUGGCUUGCAUCAACGAAGGGCUUCGCAUGUAUCCGCCUGUUCCUAGUGGAUUGCGACGCAUCUCGCCGCCAACUCCUGUUGAGGUUUCUGGCUACAAGAUCUCUCCUAAUACCAAACUCUCAGUGCACCAGAUCUCAGCCUACACAUCUCCACUUAACUUCCACGACCUAGACCGAUUCGUUCCCGAGCGCUGGCUUCCUGAAGAAAUGAACAACCCGUCGUCGCCUUUCUACAACGAUAAAAGAGACGUGUUGCAGCCAUUCUCGUUCGGUCCACGGAACUGCAUUGGCAAGAACCUGGCGUAUAAUGAGAUGCGCCUGAUCCUGGCGCGGAUUCUCUGGAACUUCGAUUUGGAGCUUUGCCAGGAGAGUUGGCGCUGGAAUGAACAGAAGUCGUACGCGUUGUGGGAUAAACCUGCCUUGAUGUUUAUUGCGACUCUCGCGGCGGUUGAAGACUGCAAUCCGCCUAGCUAUGUUAGCCUUCACGGCGAAGAGUGUAACGAGUUCAAUGAGCCCAAUGAUCCGGAGGUCGCAGGUACCUCAGACGCCAGACCGAUCACUCGGGGGUUAGGUUCGGCCAUCAAGCACCUUCGGGCUCGUGGCGGUGGUAGCCUUCGGUCAUGUCUACGUGGAUUCGACAUGUACUUCGCGUAUACAGUGAUCACCACCGGCAUAGGAAUAGGAAUUUCAACCCUCAUUGGUUUCGUGACCAAGUCACACUUCGGUGUCCUUUUGGGACACUUCAUCGCUAGCAUGCUCCUACCCACUUGGCUCAUGGCUUGGGUUCACCAUAUGAUCGCGAAUAAGCCCCCGAGGAGAAAUCUCCGCCAAAUGCCUGGCCUUCGGAAUUGGUCUAAAAUUGCCCCCGCGGCAACGCUGUACAAUGGCCUCCUCUGUGCCUUCCUCGCUGUGCCUGGCACUUUCUCAAGUCCCGCUAAAUUUAUCGUUGGCAACAGUAUUGUGGUCUUAGUCAACGCGGGACAUGGAGUGUCUUUCGGUGACCUACUCAUCGGCAUUCUCUCGUUACUGGUCUUCCCAUUGGUUACUUUCCCCGCGAGAGCGAUCUUCAUUCGUGUGGCGGCCUCUAUGCUGCCCGAGGAAGAUGAGCCGAUCGUGCCUUUCGGCCGCCGUUUUGGUGGCAAAAGCCUAGCUGGCGGUGGCCAGCUCAGCAUUCGAGACGCCUGGACGAGCUUUGAAUGGGCGGCUCGUGUUCGCUUCGUUAAGACCAUCCUUAAGGCUGUUGCUAUUGAGGCGGCACUUUUUGUGGCUAUGAUCUUGCUGAUACUUGGCGGGCUGGGAAUCAUGAGCUUUGCUAGCAGCAUUCAGGCUUCUCAUUCCUAGGCCAUG